UGCGCUGUGUCACAUUGCGCAUGCGCCAAGUCGUGACCGCGCAGUUGUGUGAGACAUUUGAAAGCGGGUGAAGUUUGUGCAUCACUCCGGCCACCGCUAAUCACAGCACUUACUCCCAAACAGCACGCUUGCCAUGGAGCUGAACGACGCCAAUCUCCAGACUCUGACUGAGUACUUGCGGAAAACACUAAGCCCUGAUCCACUAGUCAGGCGUCCAGCUGAGAAGUUUCUAGAGUCGGUGGAGGGGAAUCAGAACUACCCCAUCCUGUUACUGACGACGCUAGAGAAGUCCCAAGAUGAUGUGAUCCGAGUUUGUGCAGCAGUCACCUUUAAGAACUACAUUAAGAGGAACUGGCGUGUAAUUGAAGAUGAACCAAACAAAAUCUCAGAUCCUGACCGGACAGCUAUCAAGGCCAACAUUGUAAAUUUGAUGCUGACCAGUCCAGAACAGAUACAGAAACAGCUGAGCGAUGCCAUCAGCAUCAUCGGACGAGAAGAUUUCCCUCAGAAGUGGCCUGAUCUCCUGACAGAGAUGGUAACACGCUUCCAGAGCGGGGAUUUUCACAUCAUCAACGGCGUGCUCCGCACGGCUCACUCACUUUUUAAGCGGUAUCGGCAUGAGUUCAAGUCUAAUGAGCUGUGGCAGGAGAUCAAAUUGGUGUUGGACACUUUUGCCCAGCCUCUUACGGAGCUUUUUAAGGCUACAAUUGACCUCUGUCAGACUCACGCCACGGACGUCAACGCUUUGAGGGUCCUCUUCUCCUCUCUGACGCUCAUAUCAAAGCUGUUCUACAGUCUGAAUUUCCAGGAUCUUCCUGAGUUCUUUGAGGACAACAUGGAGACUUGGAUGACAAAUUUUCACAAUUUAUUAACCCUGGAUAACAAGCUCCUACAAACUAAUGAUGAGGAAGAAGCUGGUCUCUUGGAGCUGCUGAAAUCUCAGAUCUGCGAUAACGCAGCUCUUUAUGCUCAGAAGUACGAUGAGGAGUUUCAGCCCUACUUGCCUCGCUUCGUCACGGCCAUCUGGAACCUGCUCGUCACCACGGGGCAAGAGGUCAAAUAUGACCUGCUCGUGAGUAAUGCUAUCCAGUUCCUGGCAUCGGUGUGUGAGAGGCCACACUACAAGCAUCUGUUUGAAGAUCAGAAUACACUCACCAGCAUCUGUGAAAAGGUCAUCGUCCCCAACAUGGAGUUCAGAAGUGCAGAUGAAGAAGCAUUUGAGGACAAUUCAGAAGAGUAUAUUAUAAGAGAUCUUGAAGGUUCAGAUAUUGACACAAGGCGGCGAGCUGCCUGUGACCUGGUGCGAGGACUCUGUAAGUUCUUCGAAGGCCCCGUGACUGCCAUUUUCUCCGGCUAUGUAAAUUCCAUGCUGACCGAAUACGCCAAGAACCCAACGGUCAACUGGAAGCACAAAGAUGCCGCAAUCUACCUUGUGACAUCGCUGGCCUCCAAAGCCCAGACACAAAAGCAUGGAAUUACACAAGCCAACGAGCUGGUGAACCUGACGGAGUUCUUUGUGAACCACAUUUUGCCCGAUCUUCGGUCUCCCAAUGUGAAUGAGUUUCCUGUCUUAAAAGCAGAUGCUAUUAAAUAUGUCAUGACCUUCAGAAGUCAGCUUCCCAAGGAGCAGCUGCUAGAGACCGUUCCUCUGCUGGUUACUCACCUGCGGGCCGAGAGCACGGUACAGCACACCUACGCAGCUCAUGCUUUAGAGCGCCUCUUCACCAUGAGGGGUGCCAAUAACUCCACACUCUUCUCAGUUGCUGAGAUUGCAUCUUUCACAGAACAGCUCCUCAACAACUUGUUCAAUGCUCUGGCAAUACCUGGCUCAUCAGAGAAUGAGUACAUCAUGAAAGCCAUCAUGCGAAGCUUCUCGCUUCUCCAGGAAGCCAUCGUGCCCUACAUCCCUACACUGAUUGGUCAACUCACUCAGAAGCUCCUUUUAGUCAGCAAGAAUCCCAGCAAGCCCCAUUUCAAUCACUACCUGUUUGAGUCACUGUGCUUGUCCAUCCGGAUCACCUGUAAGGCAAACCCUGUGACUGUGGGCAGCUUCGAGGAGGCCCUCUUCCCCGUAUUCACAGAGAUCCUUCAGAACGAUGUGCAGGAGUUUGUGCCGUACGUGUUCCAGGUGAUGUCCUUACUGCUAGAGAUCCACACUAGUGAUAUCCCUUCCUCCUACAUGGCUCUGUUCCCUCAUCUUCUGCAGCCUGUCCUGUGGGAGCGUACCGGUAACAUCCCACCUCUGGUGCGCCUCCUGCAGGCCUACCUAGAGAAAGGAGGAAGUGCCAUCGCCAGCUCAGCCGCAGAUAAGAUCCCUGGUCUCCUCGGCGUGUUCCAGAAGCUCAUCGCCUCCAAGGCCAAUGACCACCAGGGUUUUUACCUGCUUAACAGCAUAGUGGAGCACAUGCCCCCGGAAUCUAUUAGUCAGUAUAGGAAGCAGAUUUUCAUCCUGCUCUUCCAGAGAUUGCAGAGCUCCAAGACCACCAAGUUCAUCAAGAGUUUCCUUGUCUUCAUUAACCUCUACUGUGUAAAAUAUGGGGCGAUUGCACUGCAGGAGAUUUUUGAUGACAUCCAGCCAAAGAUGUUUGGCAUGGUGUUGGAGAAGAUUGUGAUCCCCGAAGUGCAGAAGGUAUCAGGGCAGGUGGAGAAGAAGAUCUGUGCAGUCGGCAUCACUAAAAUCCUCACAGAGUGUCCGGCUAUGAUGGACACGGAGUACACCAAGCUCUGGCCACUUGUGCUCCAGGCCCUGAUCGGUUUGUUCGAGUUGCCGGAGGACGACAGCAUCCCCGAUGACGAGCAUUUCAUCGACAUAGAGGACACACCAGGUUACCAGACUGCCUUCUCUCAGCUGGCCUUCGCUGGCAAGAAGGAGCACGAUCCUAUUGGUGAUGCUGUCAGUAACCCUAAAAUCCUGCUGGCCCAGUCGUUACACAAACUCUCCACAGCCUGCCCUGGGAGGGUUACUUCCAUGCUGAGUUCAAGUCUAAACGCUGAUGCCUUGCAGUUUCUGCAGGGUUACCUCCAGGCCGCUUCAGUCCAGCUCGUUUAAAAUGGACGCUAUCUUCACAUCAGCUCUGGAGUCUGUAUGCAUUCUGAUCGAUGUACCCUAGACACCAACCAACAGAUGACCGGUCGACUUAAUAUCUCGCAACAUCAAGCAUCAAAGCUUCGUUUUAAAAUGGAUUGUGACCAAGCAGAAACUAGUCAAGUUACCCGAGCGAAGAAGCUUUGUUUACGCUGACCACAAGGUCACUGGUUACAGAUUUGUGAUCCGACUCUUUGCAUCUGUUAACAGUCCAGACUUCAAAAAUACAGGACCUGCAUAACACAUGUAUCAGCAGUAAUUUGGAGCAGUAAAGGCGUCAUGGACGACACAAAUGAGACGACACUUCGAUGUCUAACAUUCAAUGGGAUUCUAAUUUUUUUUUGUUCCAUGUAGGUCCAGGAGUGGUUUUUACUGUAAAAAUAAGGGCUGUCAUUGUGGCACUAAAAAAAGCAAAAAACAAAAAAAAAAGCUCUUUUUCUUUGUUGCAUGUCAGUGUCGUCUCUGUCUGGUCUUAGUUUUAAGGCUCUGUCUAAUUGUUAAUAAAGAAAAGCACUUGUAUAAUUGUCAUGGCUUUUCUCCUUUUCUGUUUCAGAGUGUUGCCUAAUGCUGUUCUACAUGACUGACCGUGCAAUACUGACCAUUAGCAUGAUUUCAUUAAGAAAGGUUUUCAUUCCAAUCAAGCAAGAGCCACACCUGAUUCCACCUCCUGAUCAGCUGAUCUAAGCUUUCCAUAGGCAUUUGGUUGGAAUACACCAGCUCCUCAGGUUUAAGAAUGGACAUCCUGUUCUAAAUGCUGUGUCCUGGACUUAUCCAUUGCUAAUAAAUUGUCUUUUCUGAGUGUAUUAAAGCCGAGAAAAUACAAAAGGUGUAAGACUGGGGAGGUACCUUAGGACCAGGGUUUUCUGUGAUGAGGAAGCGUCUGUUAGGUGCCUUUUGGACCAGCAGAGGGCUCUGUGUAUGCAGGGCUCAUCGAGGCCAGAGCUGCAGCUUGGGGAUUUACCUGAGCUCCUCCUGCAGGGACAAUCUGAGGAAGAACAAAAGGGUUUCAGGUCUGGAGAAAACUCUGGCAUGCAAUGUGACGCUGCAUUACUGCAUCGGUUCAUACAGGCAAGAGCCCAUCAAGAACAAAGAAGAGAAGAUUUGUCAGUGUAAGCCUGGAGGAUAAACCACCUUAAAGUCACACUAUCACCAAGAUAGCAAAAAAGGAUAAGUGUGCAGGAAUGUAACUCAUGACCAGUAUGAAGGUCACAGGCAUCCUCCUGAUGGUUUGUCUGUCAGGGAUGCACUCCCACACUUUCCCGGACAAAUCUGCCAUAGUGGAUGGACCUGUGUCUCUUCCAUGUACCUGCUCUGGUGAAGAAGUUGAGUGGACCAUCUUCUCCCCCAUUAAAGCCACCAUUGCUGGAUGUCACCAUGGGGUGUGUGAGAUUAAGCCACCUUUUAAGAAAAGCUUUUCGUUCUUGGGCAAUACCAGCAGUGGAAAUUUCUCCAUAAGCAUCAAUUCAACUCGCUACAACGAUCAUGGCAUGUACAGAUGCACCUGUAAUGGAGUACAAGUUAGUGCAGGAAAACUACAUGUUUAUGACCCUAGGAUUGUGAUGGUUGUUGAAGGGAACAACAUCACCCUCCCCUGCUAUGGAGACACUCGGCUUGAUGCCAAGGAUGUUCAGUGGAAGAAAGAUGGGAAAGAUUUGCUGGGGUAUGCUUCUGCAAAGCCCAGUGAAACCUCAGCAGGCAGAUUUUCAGUGUCAAAACAAGGCUUUCAAGAUGGCGAUCUCUCACUCCACAUCAGUUCAGUUAGCCUGUCUGAUGCUGGAUUUUAUCUGUGCCUUAUUCACAGAGAAUCUCGAGAGGGAGACCCACGUGCUGUUGUCCUAAUGGUGGAAAAAGACCAACCGGAGCACCAACCACCCACAACGCCCAACUGCUACACACGAUAUCUAGGAGUAGCAGGAGCACUAGGACUGGUCCUUGCAGUUAUUUUCGGAGCGAUUGUUUACAUGAGAAUAAAGGACUGCAAAAAACCUGGAGAAGAGAGAUCCCAAAGCGCUAGAGCAGAGACACCCGCUAGAGCAGAGACACCCACCUGUCCUGUUCAAGAAGAAUCCCCAGAGAGCCCAAAAAAUUCUUCAACACGUCUAAUCUAGAAUUAAUUCAUACUUAAAGCUCUGCCACAGUGCUUUUUUUUAUCAUUUAGACAACAAAAGUUUGUAUUUAGGAAUUCUUGUUUCAUUUUACAUUUAUUGUUAUACCAACUUCAGCACAAUUAUUAUUGUUUGUCCUCUAAGGCACAUCUGUAUUUCAUCUCAUUCUAAUAUGAACUCUUGUUGUCCACCCCUCGCCCCCACUCCCGUAUUUUUCACAAAUACAGAUGAUCGAUUUUUAUCUGAACAAAGAAGUUCAACAAA